GAAUGCCGCGGUACCAUGGGGUCCGAGUAUACCUAUUUUUGAGAAAUUGACAGGAAGUUGAUACGUGUAACAUCGUGAACAGCAUAUUUUUACAUGAUGCAUCUGUUUAGGUUAUGAAACUUGAUAAAUGAAUCAAUAUUACCGAUUUGAUACUGAACCCAGACUGAAGGGGUGACUGUAUUAAAAUACAAGGAAGUUGCAAGCUAAAAACAAAUAACCUUUAGUACGGGCUUCGUUUCCGGAUGGAAUCAUAUUUGCAUCCAACCACACGACCAAGAGCAUGGGCCCUGACUCAAGAUAGUACUACUAUGAAUACGAUUUUUCUCUUGGUUUUCACACUGGCCCUGAAAGCCACAUCGACCAUGAGCAACAACGAAGUUGAUGAGAAUGAAAGUUGUGACCGUCGCUGUCACUGUUGGCAUGACAACAACAACUAUGGUAGGGACAUGAACAUAGCCAACUGUUCAGGCCGGAACAUAUCUUCACUACAGCAUCUCAUCCUUCCUACAAACACCAAUGUGAUCCUUCUGGAAUGUAACAACGUCAGUAAAUUGGGAAAUGACGACUUUACACCAUAUCAUAAUCUGACCCAUUUAGAUUUGGGCACUAACGAGAUAUCGAUUGUGGAAGAGAGAGUGUUUGGACAACUGUACCAACUGGUUUUCCUUAACUUAGAAACAAAUCAUAUUGCUUUACAUGUUUUGUGCCAAAUACCACAAUUAUUCCAAGACCUUGUCAGCUUGAAGAUUUUGAAAUUGAACGGAAAUUCCUUUGGAAAUGGAAGUACCAGUGUACAUUCUGAUAAAAAGAAAACCCCGAACAUGUACCCUGAUGUUUUUCACUGGCUUGUUUCGCUGGAGACCUUAUUCAUAGACGGAAUCACCAACGCAACUUUUGGUUUAGGAUUCUCUAACCUCACCAAGUUUACCAGCCUUAUAAUGUCUGGCGAUAAUGGACAAUGUACCAUAGGGAACCUUCAUAAUACAUCCUUUGAACAUGUACAAUACCUAACAUACUUGGAUAUAUCAAACUGUUCUAUAACUGACAUUGAGGCUGACACGUUUUCACAUAUGCCAAACAUUCAAACCCUGAACAUAUCCUACAACAUGCAUCUUGGAUUCACAAAAUUAGGUCAAGCUUUAUACGGCCUUCAGUCAUCUAACAUUAGCGUCCUGGUAGCGAACAGAAUCGCCCAAAUGAAUCCGAAAUGUGUCGUGAUCAAACAAGAGGAUGUGCAAUAUCUGAACAACACGUCCCUAAUACGACUCUAUGUGGAUGACAACAGUAUCAUGAACAUCGAGCGAGGCGUGCUGCGUCUCUUGCCAAACACUCUGAGCUUCAUCUCUGCACAACGGCAUAAACUUGGUUAUGGGGCUUACUUCCAGGAACUGAAAUAUCUCACAGGCUUAAAGUAUUUGCACCUCAGUGGAGUGUCUUACCAUAUAGAUGUGCCCAUUCGAGAUAUGUUGGAGGUACAGUUUUCUGAUGACGUCAUUGGAGAUACAGCGGACAUGUACAACUCCAACGGGAACGGCAUCCAUCCAAUGUCUUGGGUUUAUGAAAUACGGCCUUAUAUAUAUCCGUAUACCACAACGCCUAAUUUAGUGUUAACAAAUUUAACACUACCCCCAAACCUGAUAAAGGUUCAUUCGAACUUUACGCAACUAACCAGCACUCUUGCAUCAAUAAGAAUUCAAGCUGAGAGUUUACAACACGUGGAUCUAUCCAGCAAUUUCUUUCAGUUUUAUGACGGGUCUUUGACGGGAUAUGACAAUGUAACCUUUUUAGACUUAUCCAACAACCUUGCUCGUUGGCUGUCUCCAGAUCUGUUUCAACACUGUGUUUCCUUAGAAGUGCUAAAUUUAUCGUACAACUUCUUCAAAUGGGACAUAUACAAUGAUACGGGUGGAAAGAUUUUCAGAAAUCUGUUUCGCUUGAAGCAACUUCACCUCGCAUCAAAUGGUCUAGAGCAGGUAAGAGGGAUGGUAUUUCGUAAUCUGACAUCGCUUGAAAUUCUUAAUCUAUCUAAUAAUUUGUUGUACAACUUUUCCCCUGAACUGGGACAUCUAAAGAAGUUGAAACAGAUAGAUUGUUCAAACAAUCAGAUUCACUGGCUUAUGUCAGAUGUUCGAAGACAAAUAAAUGCUUUGAAAUUAGUCUCCCCGAACCUGACGUUGAACCUGAGUCGGAACCCAUUAAGGUGUUCGUGUGGGAAUUUAGAGACUUUGAGCUGGCUGCUUGAUUCGGGAGUGACCCGCGAUGAUAUGUAUGGGUAUUAUUGUUUGCAGAAUGAUCGUAAAAGAUACAUUAAAAAUAAAGACGAGUUUCAAGAUCUUAUAAGCGAACUAGAGAACAAAUGCUUCUCAGCUUUAGAUGUAUCCCUUGGCGCCUCUGCUGGAAUCCUUUUCUUCUUCUGUGUCGUGAUUGUUGGGUUGGUUCGAAGAUACAGGUGGAAGUUACGCUAUCUCUUCUACUCUGCCAGACUUAAGUAUAAAAGUGACCACAAUACUCCAGAUGAUGGGUACUUCAUGCAUGAUGCUUUUGUCUCCUACGCUGAUGAAGACCGUGCAUUUGUCGUCAAUGACAUGCGAUGUCACAUGGAAGUUAAUGAUGGAAUAAACCUCAACAUCCACCAACGUGACUUCAUGCCAGGAGAGCCUAUUGCUUCAAACAUCAUUGGCGCCAUCAAGAAUAGCAGGAGGACUGUGGUGGUUCUGUCCCAGAACUUCCUCAACAGUUACUGGUGCACGUACGAACUGCGCAUGGCCCAGAUGGAGAGCAUCAGUAGUGGGAGGGACAUUCUCAUCAUCAUCAUGUUCGAACCCGUGCCUGCCAAGAACAUCCCGCCCGAAAUUUUGAAACUGUUGCAUACAGAUUCUUACAUAGCCUACCCCAGCGAUGAGGAAGACAGGGAGGAGUUCUGGAGAUGCUUGUGUCAGAGUGUCCGACCACAGUGACGGGACCAUCUUACCUCGCAUGUAUCGAGAUGGAAUAUAUGAAGUUUGUAUGUGUAACGCUGCAUAUAUAUAUAUAUCCUACCAUUAAGUCCGGGUAUAUAUCUAAUAUAUAUUUAUAUAUUCAAAUAGUGUAUAUAACGAAACCAUUCAGUCACUAAAUUUACCUUCGGAUAUAUCACAGUCGAAUGCGUGUACAUAUUGUGUAUUACGAAGCCAUUUGUUAUUUAUAAUUAAUCUCGGAUUUUACCCAAGACGGAUCUUCAUAUCCUUAGUGGUGUGUGUAUAAACAUUUCAAAUAAUUCAUUAAUAUAGAAUACUAAACGAGCUCCCGUGUAAUACCAAUUUUAUGA